GACAUGCUCGGCAGGGUAGGCAGGUGAUGCGGCGGAACAACGGUUGGCUGGCCGUACUGGCCGUUUCAUUGGCCCUGUCAAUUCUGCGGAACAGUUUGGCGGGCGAGCGUCAUCCGCUCGAUUAUGGUAACGCCGAGCUGCCAGUUAACCGCAGCAACACCGCAUAUAAACCAUCCUCGCGAAGCCAAAACCCCCCCGAAUCCUCGCCCCAAAUUCCACGAUCGAAUCAACAGAAAGGCGUCGUCCCCUCGUCCGAGGAAGCGGCGAAACCAAUCCCCUAUCCAACCUCCGACAGAAGCCUCGUCCAGAAGACGAAUCGUCCCAUCGAUGAGGAUCCCGUCGUCUACGAUCCAUCGUUCCCCAAAUACGAGAAUCCACGGGAAUCGAAACUCGUUCAAGGAUCUCGGCCAGCAAUCGAGACGAGGCUUCGAGAAUCGACCGGCCUCCGCCCCCAUAUUUCGCAACAGCCGAGUUUAUCCUCCUGGAUACCUCGUGCCGCGAUAAACGGCAGAUCCGGGGGGAUCAACCCCGCGAAACUCGGUUACGAACCGACGAGGGGUCGUAAAACAACGACGCAGCCGCCACCCGUGACGACUCGAGGGGGGGCGGUUUUGGACGAGGGAGCAUCGUAUUACGGUCACGUCGUCUCGGCUCCGAGCGAUGACGAGUCGUUGACGAUUUCUGGAGCACCGAGCAUCCAUCUCGUGAAAGGAUCCACCUCGAGGGACCCUCCAGAUCUCGAGAUAGAGAGAUCCGACGAGGUGAACGGGGUGGAAACCGUAAGCGGGCAAGUAAGGGAUAUCGGCUCUUCGAAUCUGAGGCUCCACGAUGGUAAGAUCGUGAGGAAACGAUACUUAACGGGGUACUCGCUGCUUUCUAUCUCGGUGAGUCGACGAGCGAGCAAGAAUUCGAGGAAUAAAUUAACACUCGACUCGACAAGAAGGAGAUUGAAAAAUAGGCGACGAGGCGCAAGGUCGAUCCACCACGAUUGGGGGGAUGAUAGCGAGAGGUCGAUUAAAAAUUUGGGGAGGAGAGUAGAUGGAGAGUCGAGGAUAAAUCUGGAUACGUGGUAUUUCUCGAGACACGCGGAUCGAGAUUCGCGAAACGACGGAUUCGAUAAGGGAUAUCGUCGUUCCUCGAGGAUGGAAGAUCUCAAGCGCGGGAUCUCUGGUGGAUCGAUGGAGGCUGUGAGUGGAUACGAGAGCACGCGCCAGUUAAAUGGAACCUCGAAACGGAUAUUGGGCAUGGAUAACGAUCGGGAAGGUGCUAGUUCCAUCGAUGCGCGAAGGAAGAGGAAUAUUGUAUCGGUUGAUGAUGGCGUCGGUUUCGAGUCAUCGAGUGGGGAGGAAAAUUCAUGGAACGUUACUCUUUAUGGGGCGAGCAACGGCGUGGAUAAUAUGGAGCAAGAAUUGAAGUUCGAUUUUUCUCGAGACAAUGUUACGGACGAUUUGUUGGACGAUCGAAUGUUUUCGCCGAGUGUAACAAAUGUUGAUUCGAAGCCAGAUAACGAAUCCUAUUUCGUGAGACGAAGCAUCGGUGAAAAUUCGAACGUGGAUGGAUCGAAAGAAUCGAGCUUAAAUUCUUCGAGAUUGGAUGGUUCCACGAGUGUUAAAAAUAUCGGUGCGAAGUCUGUUGAUGGGUUGGAGGACUCGAGUGCGUGGAAUUCUUCGAAAUCGGGCAACGAAUCUUAUUCCACGAGUCGAAAUAUUGGUACAAAUUUUAAAGUUAAUGGAUUAAACGACUGUAAGAGUGUAAGAAACGUUUCAAAAUUGGACGAUGGAUGGUCCGUUGUUGGUGAAAAUUCUGUCGAUGGAUCGAUAACGAACGAAAAUUAUUCCGUUUUAAUGUCGAACGAUUCGACGAGCCGCGAUGCGAGUACGAAUCUAACAAAGGAAACGAAAUUAGAAAAAUCAAGCGUGCCGGAUGGAAAUCGUUCGACGAUAAAUGAAUCCGACUCGAUAAGAUACGACGCAAGUUUAAACGGGGCGAAAUUACAGAAAGAAUCGAAUAUACAAGGUGGAAACGUGGAUACGAGUGGUACGAACAACGAAUUUCGUUCGAUCAGCCACGAUGAUACAAUUACAGAUUCAAUUAACGGGACAAAAUUACGAGAUUUAAAUACAUCGAAUGGGAAUUAUUCCCAGUUAAUGGAAAAUAAAUUUCGAUGGGAAUCGAGACAAAACAUAAUUACAGAUUUAAUUAACGAUACUCCAAAUAAAAGUUAUUUACACAUUAACGAUAAAUCGCAUCGUUUCAUCGUUCAAGAUACAAACGGAAUAUCCAACUCGUCGAACGAGAAACAAUUCACCGCGUUAAAUUUUCCCGAUACGAUCGAUCGUUCGUUAGACUCGAACGAUGAAACGUCUGACAAAACGACUCGGGAAAACGAUACGAAAUUUAAUUCGUCGGCGAUAAUCAAUUCGAAAGGAGGCAAGCAAUUGGCUUGUAACGCUUCCGAAACAAUUGAUUCAGAUUCGAAGCUUGCAAACUCAAAUAACGAGUCGAUGGGCCGCAACGAGAGCGAGGAUCGAAUGGAUGGGACGGAGUUAGAGACUUGGUGGGCGGAGGUUGACAGGAGUGGUGAAGCCUCCAUUAAACCUGUGUCGCAAGAAACGUCUAUGCUAAGUAGCGCGACAAAGGAGUCUAAGAACGCGUUCGAGAAUUCCGUCGGUGGCUCGGUUGCGGCGCCGCGGAAUGCCACGUAUCUAAAACACGAUACGAACAGUCUGGCCGAAGGCGGCUUCGUCUUCGAGAGCACUGGCCUCUUCGAAUUCGAGGGGAAGAAUGCCGGCGAUCCGUUCGAAAGCUCGCCGACGGGGAGAAAAUUGGUGGAAAAUUCUUCUAAAUCUUCUAAUUCUAACGCACUGCCUGAACGAGCGUCUAUUAACCACGAGAUGGGAUCGAAGCAAUCUGGCGAACCGUCAAAUAUCCGCGGCGCAGUCGUUUCUCGAAGAAAUGAAGACGCGAGAAAGAAAAUUAAGGGUGGGGAGAGAGAAAGUCGCGAAUCUUCGAGUUCGAAUGGGUACAACGAGGCGAAAGAUUUCCAAGGAUCGCUUAAUGAGUUUCUAAUUGUUUCUGGGGGCAAAAAGUCGGAGGAGGGGUUGGGAUUAAUCGAGGAAAAUUUGCAAAGAAUUAUGGAACCGAUCGCGUUUGUCUCCCCCUCGAAGAACGAAGGUGAGCAGGUGAUCACGAUUAAUUCGUUGGACGAUGGGAUCACCGAUAAUAUGGACGAUAUCGACGAUCGUCCGAUUUCGAAAGGGCGAAAGUCCAGAUCGUGGAAAGUUGGAGCGAACACGAACUCGAAAUAUAAUCCAACGGCUCAAGAUCGGGCGAAUGAUCAAACUUCCGCGUCAACGUGGAACAAAGACGGGAUCGUUCCAAACAACGUCCCAACUCCGAGUAUCGAUUCCUCCGUCAAUGGCCCGAUAUCAGAGCCGAAUAACGGGAUUCGCGAAACUCUAGAACUCCCAGAAUUCAUCUCCAAUUCCUCGUUUCGAUCCACGAUAUCAUUUUCGUCGGCGACGAAAGACGAUCAUCUUACCUCGUUAAGCGACGUUACUCUGUCGCCGAUCGAGAUCGAGCAAUUGCCAACCCCGACGUUGAUCAACGAGGAGGAGAAGGGGGAGGGGGAGGAUCGAUCGUACGUUACCCCGUUCGAGGCAAAUUAUCAAGAUUUCCGCGCGACCGUGGACUCGAUCUCUCGAAACGCUGAUAACUCGUCUCAAACCGAGACCGAGCCUCAAUGGCCGGUUAAACACAGCGCUGUUGUGGAAGGGGAUUUAGUGUUGGGCGGUUUGAUGAUGGUGCACGAGAGGGAGGACAACGUCACCUGCGGCCCCGUGAUGCCGCAGGGCGGUGUCCAAGCCCUCGAGGCGAUGCUCUACACUUUGGACAAGUUGAACGAUCGUGGAAUCGUGCCCGGUGUCAAGAUAGGCGCCCAUAUCCUCGACGAUUGCGACAAGGACACGUACGGUCUGGAAAUGGCCGUGGAUUUCAUCAAAGGAUCGAUAAGCAAUAUAGACGGUGCCGAGGAUCAUUGCAAUAAAACUGCCGUGCGAAAAGUUAUCAGCGGAGUCGUUGGAGCAGCGAGCUCAGUCACAUCCAUCCAAGUGGCAAACCUUCUUCGACUUUUUCGAAUACCGCAGGUCUCAUUCUUCUCUACCAGUCCAGAACUUUCCAACAAACAACGAUUCGAAUAUUUCACGCGCACUAUACCCAGUGAUCAUUAUCAAGUAAAAGCAAUGGUGGAGAUCGUGAUGAAAAUGAAAUGGAGUUACGUGUCUAUCAUAUACGAAGAGAGCAAUUACGGAAUAAAGGCGUUCGAAGAGCUGGAAGAAUUGCUAGGUAAAAAAAACAUAUGCAUAGCUAUCAAGGAAAAAUUGGUGAAAGAUUCUGGCGUUGCGAAAGAUGCGGCUUACGACAAUAUCGUUUUGAAAUUGUUGACCAAACCGAGGGCACGAGGUUGCAUCAUAUUCGGCUCGGAUCAAGAAGUUGCCGGAGUUAUGAGAGCGGUUAAACGUUGCAAUGCGACCGGUGCGUUUUCGUGGAUUGGCAGCGACGGAUGGAGCGCCAGGGGGUUGGUUAGCGAUGGUAACGAGGCGGAAGUGGAGGGCACUCUAUCGGUUCAACCUCAAGCAAAUCCUGUCAAGGGUUUCGAAGAAUAUUUCCUCAAUUUGACGGUGGAGAACAACCGGAGGAAUCCGUGGUUCGUUGAAUUCUGGGAACAUCACUUUCAGUGUAGAUACCCGAACGCAUCCAUAACUCCGUACAACAAAAAUUACACGAAAUUCUGCAGUACGGAAAAGCGUUUGACGAAACAGAACACAGCGUUCGAGAAUCAACUCCAGUUCGUGUCCGACGCGGUGAUGGCGUUCGCCUAUGCAUUUCGAGAUAUGCACAAAGAGCUCUGCGACGGGAAGCCUGGACUGUGCGACGCGAUGAAACCAACCAAGGGUACCGAACUUUUGAAAUAUCUUCGAAAAGUGGAUUUUGAAGGUCUGAGCGGCGACAAAUUCAAAUUCGACAAGAACGGUGACGGGCCGGCCCGAUACAACAUCAUACACUUCAAACAAAUCGAGCCGGGCAAAUACGAGUGGGUCCGGGUUGGCAAAUAUCUCUCGGGUGAAUUACGGUUGAAUAUGUCUGCGAUCCAAUUUAAACUUGGACACCCCGAGCCACCCGAAAGCGUGUGCUCUCUGCCCUGCGAGGUCGGCCAAGCAAAAUACGUGGCGGGCGAGCAAUGCUGCUGGCAUUGCUUCAAUUGCACUCAAUAUCAGAUACGAGAUCACAAGGACGUGACCCAAUGUAUUUCUUGUCGUCAAGGUACCGUGCCAGACGACACGCACUCCGCCUGCCGUGAUAUCCCCGAGGAAUUCCUGCGGCCAGAGAGCGGAUGGGCGAUAGGGGCGAUGUCUUUCUCCGCUACGGGGAUCCUGAUAACUCUAUUCGUCUGUGGCGUGUUUCUGAAGCACAACGACACACCGGUGGUACGUGCAUCUGGCCGUGAACUGUCCUACGUUCUUCUGUCCGGGAUCCUGCUCUGUUACCUCGUCACCUUCGCCCUUGUCCUCAGACCGACCGACAUCGUUUGCGGCAUUCAAAGAUUCGCCGCGGGUUUCUGUUUCACCGUCGUCUACGCAGCCCUUUUAACAAAGACAAAUCGAAUAUCGAGGAUCUUCAACGCGAGCAAGCACAGCGCCAAGAGGCCGUCCUUCAUAUCUCCGCGAUCACAGCUGAUCAUUUGUUCCGGCCUGGUGUUCGUGCAAAUUCUGAUCAACGGAGUUUGGAUGAUAAUCGACCCGGCCAAGGCGAUGCAUCAUUAUCCGACCAGGGAGGACAAUUUGCUCGUUUGCAACAGUUACAUCGACGCCAGUUACAUGAUCGCUUUCGCUUAUCCCAUCAUGUUGAUCGUCGUUUGCACCGUGUACGCCGUUCUCACAAGAAAGAUCCCGGAAGCUUUCAACGAGAGCAAACACAUCGGUUUCACGAUGUACACCACGUGUGUGAUAUGGCUGGCAUUCGUGCCCCUGUACUUCGGUACUGGAAACAACGUUGCAUUGAGAAUCACCUCGAUGUCAGUUACUAUAAGUCUAUCCGCAUCCGUAACUAUAGCCUGCCUGUUCAGCCCGAAGUUAUACAUCAUUUUAAUACGGCCAGAAAGGAACGUGCGUCAAAGCAUGAUGCCAACUAGAUAUAGCACCACGAAAAGUUCAGCAGUCACGGCUACCAAUGCUUCUAGCAUGAUAGCGCCGGUCGCGCUCACCGCGGCUACGUGUGAUCAGAACAAGGCUGUUAAAAAACACAUCACCACUACCAUUGAUUGCUCCACUCAAAGCGAAUACUACGAGCUAGAGGUGAAAGAUCAGAAAAAUGGCAAACCACCCUCGCUCGUUUCUCGAUCGACCCAAACCUCUACCAACAACGACAAAGACGCUAAUGCUGUGGUAACGCAGAGCAAAGAGUCGAAGGAUAAUAUCACGACAACGAAGCAAUUGAACAAUAAAACGAGAAUAGGAAACGGACCUAUAAAUCAGAGUGAUGUUCCAUUAUAGCAGCAAACUUCCAUAGAAUCGGCCAUUUUGCCCGCGACUUUGAAACCAAUUUCGAAAAAUCCGGUGAUAGUUUGAAAGGACGACAAAAAAAAAAAAAAAGAAAAGAAAAGAGAG